GUCUUCGAUUUUGAGCGAAGUGUCCACCCGCGCCAGGUCCAAGCUGCCGUCUGGCAAGAACAUCCUGGUCUUCGGUGAAGAUGGUUCUGGUAAAACAACCCUCAUGACUAAACUACAAGGAGCUGAGCAUGGCAAAAAAGGAAGAGGCCUAGAGUAUCUCUACCUCAGCGUCCACGAUGAGGACCGAGAUGAUCACACACGCUGCAAUGUUUGGAUUUUGGAUGGAGACCUCUACCACAAAGGCCUGCUGAAGUUUGCAGUUUCUGCUGAGUCCUUGCCAGAGACCCUGGUCAUUUUUGUUGCAGACAUGUCUAGGCCUUGGACUGUGAUGGAAUCUCUACAGAAAUGGGCUAGUGUUUUACGUGAGCAUAUUGAUAAAAUGAAAAUUCCACCCGAAGAAAUGAGGGAACUAGAACGGAAGUUUAUGAAAGAUUUUCAAGACUAUAUCGAGCCUGAAGAAGGUUGUCAAGGUUCCCCACAGAGAAGAGGGCCUCUGACCUCAGGCUCUGAUGAAGAAAAUGUUGCCCUGCCUCUGGGCGACAACGUGCUGACUCAUAACCUGGGGAUCCCGGUGCUGGUGGUGUGCACAAAGUGCGAUGCAGUGAGCGUCUUGGAGAAGGAGCACGAUUACAGGGACGAGCACUUGGACUUCAUCCAGUCACACCUGCGGAGGUUCUGCCUCCAGUAUGGUGCUGCCUUGAUUUACACAUCGGUGAAGGAAGAGAAAAACCUUGACUUGUUGUAUAAGUACAUUGUUCAUAAAACAUAUGGCUUCCACUUUACCACACCUGCCUUAGUGGUGGAAAAGGAUGCAGUUUUUAUACCUGCAGGCUGGGACAAUGAGAAGAAAAUAGCUAUUUUACAUGAAAAUUUCACAACUGUGAAGCCAGAAGAUGCAUAUGAAGACUUUAUCGUGAAGCCUCCUGUGAGAAAGCUGGUCCAUGACAAAGAGUUGGCUGCAGAGGAUGAGCAGGUGUUCCUUAUGAAGCAACAGUCACUCCUUGCCAAGCAGCCAGCCACGCCCACGAGAGCCUCCGAAUCCCCUGCAAGAGGACCCUCCGGCUCUCCAAGGACCCAGGGCCGGGGAGGGCCAGCCAGUGUGCCUAGUGCCUCCCCAGGCACGUCAGUAAAGAAGCCGGAUCCAAACAUCAAAAAUAAUGCAGCAAGUGAAGGGGUAUUGGCCAGCUUCUUCAACAGCCUGUUGAGUAAAAAAACAGGCUCUCCUGGAAGUCCUGGUGCUGGUGGGGUGCAGAGCACAGCCAAGAAGUCAGGACAAAAGACUGUGUUGUCAAAUGUUCAGGAAGAACUGGAUAGAAUGACUCGAAAACCAGACUCCAUGUCCGUGGAGACCUACACGGAGUUCCACUGAUGCAAAACGGUCUUGUCCUGGCUCCCUGGUCUGAUCAGUGCUAUCAGAUGGACAGAUAAGUGUGAAUGUUUUAUUCUGAAAAUGGAAAGGAUACUUUUCUCUUGUGUUUUUCAUAAAAUGUAGCAUUUUUUUCUUAUGAAAAUAAGAAUUGCAGAUGUCUUCCCAUUUAGGGCAAAUUCAUGCACAUUGUCAUGUCACCACCAUCCUAGAAAUGACUUCUGUGGGUUUUGAAAUGGCACUUUUAAUUUUAUGUAUGACAGAGCAUUUAAAUGCAAACACUACCAUGAACUUAAUGUAUAAACUUUGUUGUCAAACCAAGGGAAAAAAACCACAGUUCACUUACGUGGUGUUUACUUUUUUUAUAUGAAUGUUUGUUGUACUGUGUCUGGGCAUAACUUCCCUAAUGUCAUUACUUUUACAUACCAGAUUCGACUGACCACUAAUGUAGGACUGGGUGUAACUUAAUAUCCUAUGUUAUAUAACCAGGCUCCUUAGAGACUGUCUUGAAUUGCUUUUGUAAAGGUCUGAACACUGUUGAGGAGAAAGCUGAGUAUUUACUUGCCUUUCUGACACACAAAAAUGUUUCUUGUGCCAGUUUUAUUGUUGAAAUAUACUUUUUUCCUUUUUUUAAAAUUCGGGUUUUAUUUUCUUUUUUUAAAAAAAUGUAUUGUGGCUUCCAAUGACCAGGUUGUCUAGGUAAUGACAGCAAACUGACUGUGGAAAGACAGCUGUGGUGUAGUGACCAAUAGAUGCCAAACAGCUUGUGGCCACACCGAAAGUGGGUCACGUCAUGCCUCUCUAGUAGCUGGGGCAAAAUGAAAGAGCUCAGAAACAAGAAGGAAUUCUUGGAAAGGCACAUGUGCCUAUGAGGGAUACAGUGUGAUCUUCCAUUUUAGUGCAAAACUUUGACUUUCAUUUUUUUAUCAUUUGAACUAAUAAGCACUUUUUGUGUCAAUGUAAGAAGUACUGAAACUGAUGAAAUGCUGAGACACCUGUCUUAUGAAGGAAGGUUUCUUGGAGACCACUUGUAGUUCUCAUGACAAGUGGAUGCUCCUAGUAUCAAAAGAAACUGAUUAAUAGCUUCAUGUGCUCAGUGGUUGCCAAAGUCUACCAACUUUGGGGAGCUGCAAGUUGUUACUGGGGGGCGGGGAGAGGGAAGAUGUUUUUUGUUAUUUUGGGGUUUUCAAGCAUUGGAACCAAAGGCCAAAUAAUAAACAGCCUUUACUUAAUGAAGUAAAAUUCAUUUUAUUUGCAAAAUACACAUGUAUGGUAGACUCUAAAAGACAACUUUAUGAUUAUUUAUACACAUUAUAGUGGCUAUACAUCUGCUGUUUGUCUUUAAAAUGGAAAAAAAUCAAAGAAAAAUAAGCCCAACCUUAAAGAUAAUGGCUGAGGUAAAGGCCAUGAAUUGGUCUUCCUAAAAAUGCAACAGGUGUGCUGCUAGAUUAUUUUAUUUUGUUUGCACUUUUUGUGGAUUGGCAUUUUAAAAUCAGUAUUUAAACUGAAGACAUUGUCGUGUUUUAUUAAUUUAACAAAAUUGAAAGUGACUGCUCUGUACAUCAUGACCUUAACAAUGUUUAUGCUGUAAGUGAAAGUUCACUGUCGUCUGUAUACUAAGUUUAUUGAUGUUUUUAACUUAAAAUUAGGACUGCAGAGUAUCCCCACCAGACUUAGUUCAGGGGUGUGGCUCUAUCUGGGUGCAGUAUGCAGUCAUGUGGAACCUUGCUUUCUAGUGCUGGAAAAAAAAAGAUGUCUCUAAUUACUGGCUUCAAUAAACAUGAAUCCAGACUGCUUACAA